CUUAACCCACCACCACCGCACAGCAUUGCUCUGCUUAACCCACCACCACCGCACAGCAGCAGGCUCUCCGCGUCGCUGCAACGGCAACUGAUCGCGCAAGAAGGCACCACACCAGUGAACUGUAGCCAUCAUGGCCCCCGCCGAGAGAUCCUGCACGCUCGGCCGCUUCGCCGCGGACGAGGCGGCCCCGCCGGAGACCCUCCAUGUCGUGCAACUACAGAGACUCCGCCUCCGCCAAGCAGCAGAGAGCUGCCUCGACCCCAUCUCCGAGGAGGACGACUACACUGGCACCAGCAACAGAAGGGAAGACGACGACGGCGUCCCCGCCAGCUCGCCCAGCGCCCACAGCAGCAGCAGCGCCACCGUCGACCUUGCGCAAAGUCUUCGCUGAUUGGCCGGAUCAAUUAGACAGAGUGUUUAGUACUCCUACCAUGGUGUUGUGUGUGUAUAUACCAUACUAGGGUGCAGUUCAUGCUUGCGUGCCUGCUGUAAUUAGUCCAUGUCCAUCAAUGAAUUGAUGAUGCGAGCUGCUUAAUUUCA